AUGACAGGCACCGAUGGUCUUCUGGCCACAGCUGCUAGCAGCCGCUUCUACAAUGGAGGCUUUGAACGUAGACCAAUCAUACAUGACCCCAACCUCCUCUGGGAUGUAAAAGAAGUUCUUCCAGAAGUGGGAGUUGAAGACCUCGGGGACAGGGCAUUCCUACUUGUCCUGUGUCCAAAACAUACGGCGACAGACCUGCUGAACGGCAACGAAGUCAAUCAUAAAUCUUUGGGCUUGGGCGCUCUGCUGGUUCCAGUCCUCGUCUGUCUCCUGGCUCCUCAGCUCAUCAGCUGUUUGCCCUUACUGCCAUUUGACUGCAGUGAUAUCCAUAAAGAUACCAGCCAACCCAGCGGAGUGUACACCAUCUACCCCAUCGGAUCUGCGUCUGCUGUCCAGGAACACCUCUGCCUCUCCAAGCUGCAGGUGUACUGUGACAUGGACUCAGAGGGAGGAGGAUGGACGGUGUUCCAGAGGAGGAUGAACGGCUCGCUGAACUUCUAUAGACCCUGGGAUCAGUAUAAGAUGGGCUUUGGGAGCGCUGCUGAAGAGUACUGGCUCGGUCUUGAAAAUAUUUUCCAUCUGACUCUGAGGAGGAAGUACGAGCUGCUGGUGGACAUGGAGGACUUCGAUGGAAACAUGGUGUCUGCUCGUUACACCUCCUUCUCCAUCGACUCUGAGACAGACGGAUACACCCUGCAUGUUUCUGGAUUCAAGGAUGGAGGCGCCGGAGACUCUCUGACCUUUCACAAUGGAAUGAAGUUCUCCACCUUUGACAAAGACCAGGACUCAUCAUCUGGCAGCUGUGCCAAAACAUACUUGGGGGCGUUCUGGUAUAAUGGCUGUCAUCACACCAAUCCAAACGGGGUUUAUCGCUGGGGGGCCGAUGGCACUCUUGAUGCUGUAGGAGUGGAGUGGAAACACUGGAAAGGCUAUAACUACUCUCUGAAGAGCAUCAGCAUGAAGAUCCGUCCUGUUCAGUAGACCACCAGGACCAAUCAGCUGAUCAUCAACAUGAUCUCUUUAGAUGGUAAACACCAGCCUCUCUGAUCAUGUAGAAGGAGCUCCACAAGGAGACCACAAGGUUUUCUAAAUCCAGUCUGGUUGAGCUCUGAACACCUGUUGGUUCUUACCUGAUGAGAAUAAAUGAGCAGAAACUGUCCAUCUCUCUCCUGUCCUGAUUCUUUAAGAGCAAAAAACUCAGAAUGAACCCAGAAUCAGCAACAACACUCUGAUGUCUUUAUCUAAGCUCAGAA